AUGGGUGCUCUUAAAGAUUUAGCAAAGUCAUUCUCUCGAAUGACACAAGAGGAAGUAGACUUGUUUUGUUUGGAGUAUGGUAUUGAUAAAAUAUUUAACCCAACUGCCCCUGCUUGCGAUAUUCCUGUUGACAAACCAAACCCUGUUAUGUCUGCUUUGGACUUUAUCAAGAGUGACGACACGUCCGAUGUUGUGUUUGGGGAUGCCCCGUCUGUUCCGGGUGAGAAUGUUGUGGUUAGGACUUCCGAGCAAAGGUUUGAGGGUACGGGUUAUGCUAGUGUUGCCAACGUUAAGGGUUUUACCAAGUCUAAUGCUCCCAAGUCUUCAACUCGCCGAUCUUCUCGUCGUUUGUUGAAAGCUGGUCCUCAAUCCACUUCUACUGAGCCAGUGGAUUUGACUGAUGAUAUUGAAGUUUCGGAGGAUCAAGUUGAAGCAGGUGUUGAGAAGGACAAGGAGUUGGUUGUUCAUAGUAAGAAGGUUCGAGGCAAGAAGGCUGUCCCUGUUCAGGAAUCUUCAAGCAGGGACGUUGAAGGGUUGAACCCUGAAGGUACUUAUGUGCCUGCUUGGCUAGUGAAGAAUGAUGACACCUUCAAGGAUGCUGCUGUUUGUGAGGAUGCUCUUAGUCAUCUUGCUCCUCCUUCUGUGCGUGAAACCAUUGCUGAGAUGGAUGAUGACUUUAUGUUGUCUCGCAUGGUUUUAACCACCUGUAACCUUGCUGCUAUGCUUCCUCAAGGGAUUACUCGUUUUCGCCAAAGGAUGCAGGAAUAUGAGGACUUCUCCAAGAAGAAGGAUAAGAUGAAAUCCUCCCUAGCAUCAAUGAAGAAGGAAAUAGCUGGGUUUGCAGAGAAGGAAGUAGCGUGGAAGAAGGAGGUUAAUGAUUUGAAAAAGAUGCAUGACAUUGAGAUGGGUGAUCUGAGGAAGAGCUUCGAGGCUAACUUGCUGAAGCUAAAGGCUGACCGAGAGGCCUUGGCUGUCCAGCAACAGGCUUUUCGUGAAGAAAAGGAAGGGUUGAAAGCUUCGGUUGGCCAAGUGACUGCGGACAAUCAGUGGUUGAUUGAGCAUGGUUUCUAGCAGGUUGUCACUUAUCUUUUACAUUCCAAGGAGUUUAACUCUGCCCUUGGUGAUGUUUACACUAAGCUUUUGAACCUGGGGAAACAUCAAGGUCUUACUGCUGGCUACAAGCUUCAUGAGUCCGGACAACCCUUGGAGAAGUCACCCAUGUUUCGCCCCGAGGCUUCUGAUAUCUUUGUAACACCCCAAAAAUAUUUGCUAAAAUGUUAUGAUAAAAAGGGUAGUAAUUUAAGUUAAUUAAGUGGUAAAUAUGGAGAGACUAAAGAUGUAAAUGCCCAAAAGUUUAGAUAAUAAAAUGUUAAAUGAUUAAAACCCACACACAACUCGUGUGUGGGGUUCUGGACGAUCGACAGAGAGGAGCAAGGAGGGGUGAAACCCUAACUUCACAAAAUCCACAAGAAUUACUAGAAAUCUUAAGGAAAUCGAAAGAAUAAUCAUCAAAUUCUAAGCUCCUACACCUGUUCUUUGAAGUGGAACGUGUCAAGGAGAGCUCAAGCAUAGGAGGAUAACGGGUCAAGAUAAGGCAAGGUGACAAAUACACUUAUUGGAAUACUCAAGGUAAGUGAUUUCUAUAAUCACUUCUUUAGUUGUUUAAGUAAUAUAAUGUUUUAAUUAUUAAGUUCAUAUGAAGUUGAGGUUAAAUCAAUGGAUUAUUUUGAUAAAUGCACGAAUGGAUCGAAUAAUUCAUAGAUGAAUAACAAGCCGAAUACGGAUAAGUUAAGAAAUUCCUUAACUCGGAUGUUGGACUUCAAGAUCACGUGAUAGAAUAUUAAAUUACAAUCAUAUAGGAAGAAACGUGACGCAAAACGGACGAAAAAUGAGAGAGUUAUGUCCGUUUCAGUAAGGAUUAAUGGCUAGGAAAAGUGCUGAGUUGACACGGCCGGGUGGUGAACUGACACGGCCGGGUGAAGGUUCUGUCAAAAAUAUUAUUUAUGUGAUUUAUGCGCCGUAGGCUUCGGUAUAUUAUCCGUGAACUACGACGGGCCUCCCAAACAUGAUUUCGAGUGUUUCCUUGAUGAUUACAAGUUGUAAACCCAAGUCUAAGCCUCAUGUAAUUUAUAUAAGAGUGUGAUAGAUGUAUGUAAUGAAGUUGGACAUGUAUUACAUGUAAAUGUAUACAAAAAUACGUACGGAACACGUAGGUAUGAAUACAUGAUUGUAGGUAUGAUUAAAUGUAUAUUAGGUAUGUAGAUGUGUAUGAUUGUAAGUUUGUAUGUGUGCAAGUAUGUGCGAAUGCAUGAUUUGGAUGCAUUUGAGAAUUAGCAUUACUAAUAAUGCCCUUGGGUUUGGAAUAUAAGUUGAUUGGAUGCAUUUAAAUGGUUAACGUCCGUUUUAUGAAAAUGUAGUAAAUGAAUAUGUUGAGAUUACGGGUUUGGCUAACCAAGUUAUUAUUGAGUAUGUUUGAAAGUGCAGGUUAUGAAUGUCGGACUUUCGAAGUGUUGAUAUAAUAAUGAAUCGGUUGAAUGUUGAAAGGAUAAUCGGAUUGAAGUAACUUAUGCGGUUAGAAUAUGCUAUGGACGUUUUAGUUUAUACAAUAUUAUAUGUUUGGUCGUCACCAUCUACUAACAGGUUAGUUGUAUGAGAGUAUAUGUCAUACCCAUUUAAUUGGGUAAUCGAAUGCAUAAGAGAAACGAAAGUACGCACACGAAUGGAACUAAAAUGACGGUUUUAUAAGCAAACAAGUAUAAUGACUAACUUUUUAAAGCUUUGUUGUUGAAUGUAGGUAAAUCCUCAAUUUUGGCGACUUGGAGAAUCGGAGCGAGCGCGUGUUCGUGUUAUGCGAUACCAAACGCUUCCGCUAGCUUGUUCAAAUGUUUUUGAUCCAAAAUUUGUUGUAUUGGUUUUUAGUAGUAUCUUGUUGAACGAAUUGUAGAAUUGUAUCUAGUUUGUUUAUGUUUAAAACAGGGGUAUGCUCGUUUUAUGGACGGGUCAUGCCCGAUUUUUUUUUGUUAAA